AUGUCUUUCUCCAAGGGUUUCGUUUUUCGUUGGGGGUUUCACCUUUCUCCGAGAGCUUUACCUUCCGUCAUGGGUUUUACCUUUCGACGGGAGUUUCACCUUUCGUCGAGGAUUUCACCUUUCGUUAGAGAGUUGCCAUUUACAAAAGUGGAUUCGUCUAAUAGCUAUAUUCAAAACUUUCGCCAGACUUUGAACAUUUUGCCAGAUUUCGCUAGUUCUGGAAAAAUCGGGUGGAGAUUUAACCUAGGCAAAAGUUUUCGUUUCGUCAGUAAUAUUAAUCGUCUUAUGAUAACUUUUACAUGUAAAGUUUGUUCACUUCGUUCAACAAAAAUGAUGUCUAAACAAGCAUAUAACCAUGGUGUGGUUAUAAUCCAAUGCUCUUCAUGUAGAAAUCAUCAUUUAAUAGCAGAUAAUUUAGGAUGGUUUCGUGAUAAGAAAGUUAAUAUUGAAGACUUGAUGUUAGAACGAGGUGAAGAGGUUUUAAAAUAUGUGCACGAAGAUGGAACAGAUAUAUACGAAUGCUCUCCGGAUGUUCCUCAAAAAGAAAUUAAACAUCUUAGCGGAGGUCCUAAUCAAGUGACAGGGAAAGAGAAAUAA